AUGUCGACGCCAUCAGCGACCAGCGCCACCGACAGCAGCUCCACGGACCACAGCGUCACGCCACCAGCAAGCAUGGCAAGCAAUGGCGACACGACAACACCCAAGCAGCAUAGUAACAAAGGUGAGUUCCGCGCAUGGUUGCGUGCUUCCCGUGUGGACCUCCCGCGGGGCCUAGCCCGAGCAGUGUAUGAGGCAUGCGCAAUGGCACGACAGGCAGAGCAGCAGGGGGACGGCAGCAAGCAGUGGUUGGUGGACAUGGCGUCGGACGUGCAGGAGAAACUGGACAUUCACGCCGCGGCCAAGCAAGCUCAAGCCACCGCUUUAAAGGCUAGCAGGAAAGCGAUUGAUGUCAGCAGGGUAUCAGAGAGCAGGACUAAGGCUGUGGUGCAGGCUUGUCAGGAGAUUGAGGAGAUUGCAGGGGAUUUGGACGAGGAUCUGCCGGAUGACCUGUGGGAGGAGCUGUUGGAUGGGUACGAUGAAGCGCGCACCAACAAUAUGGCUGUUCAGGUGGCGACGACAGAGCUUCUGAUCAAGCGUGAUGAGCUGGACAGUGCAGAGGAGGCGAGCCUGGAGGCUAGCAAAGCUCUGGUGGACGCAGCGAGCAUGCUCAAGGAGAAGGAAGAGGGCGCGGAUGAGUAG